AAAGAACAAGAACGACCGAGGAUACCGACCUAUUUGAAUUUUCAGAGUAAUUAUAUAUGUUCCAGGGCGCGGGGCGACGGCAUGAGCGGGGGGGCCGGGCGCCCUGGACCCCUUUUUCAGGCGUCUGCGGGGGGGGAGAGGCCUCAAAAGGGGGCCCAGUGACCUGUCCCCUCCGCUCCCUUCCAGCUGCCUGGCUGUUCCCUAGAUGCCUCCGAUGGUGGUGGGAGGCUUCAAAAGGGGCCCAAGGGACCGCCUGCGCCCCCGUCCAGGUGCCUGCUUGUGCCCGAAGUGCAUCCGUUAGGCUUCGCCGCCGCAGCCGUGCCGCGUGUGCCCUCCGGGUCCUUGGUCAUCGGCUUCCUUGCUCUUGCGACCGUGGCCGCCAUCGGCGGCCUUUUACCCCGGAGACCUCCCGCCUGCGAGGCCUUUCACCACUAGAAUCCGCCAAAAGUCCGUCUUUGGUGGCGCGCGCGCCACCACAGACCAGACCACAUGGGGGGGGAGGGGGGGCGUCCGGCCCUGCGUCAUAUAUAUGCGCAAUUUUGAUCAUUUUGAAUUUCAAACAGGAAAUGGCGGCUGCAUCGUCAUCAUCCACGCGCGUUUUUCCAGCUGCCCUGAACGUAGCAGCAGGUCUUGCUGGAUGCGAAGCAGGACCAGGAGAUGCGCGAACCGCUUCCGCCCCAUCCUCUUCCGCCUGCGCGGCGUCCGUUUUUCGAAAAAGGUGGGGAGAACGUCGCCGGCUCGUCAGUGGGAGAUGUGGUCCACGACUUCCUUUUGAGAUUAAGAACACGCGUAUUUUUGGCAGAGGAGGAGGUGGUCUUCUCGGUGGAGGAACUCGAAGUAGCGCUUCAGGCUGUGGCUAUCAUGCUUCGCAUGUUGUCUUGUGCGAAAGUGCUGCAGCUGCACAAGAAGAUGGAGGCGUGAAGUACUUUCGGCGGGCGGAGAUCGAGAAGCACAACUCAGUAGAAAAAGGUGUGUGGGUGACAUAUGGGGAUGGCGUCUACGACAUAACCGGGUAUUUGCGAAGCCAUCCAGGAGGACCGCACAAAGUCAUGCAGGCGGCAGGGAAGGCUAUUGAUCCGUACUGGAGGGUGUAUCAACAGCACUUUCGAACCGGCGAAUCGUUAGAGCUGCUCGAAAUGAUGAAAAUCGGUGAAGUGCACCCAGACGAGCCAGAAAUCGAAUAUGACGACGUACGUACUUCCUUUUUUGGACAGACUGAUCGUGAAGAUGCCCGCUUCUGCUUGUUGACUUGUUGAUCUUCGCGGAUACUAAUACUCUUGACCCAGUCAUCUUCUACCUCUUAGUUUCGGAAAGACAACCACUACAACUUAAACAUCAAGUGUGUUUUCUCGAGUGCAUUUUGAAGCCGUUCUUCGCCUUUCGUUAGGUCGAUCCCUACGACGCAGAUCCGGAUCCGCGCAGUCCGGCGUUGAUCUAUCACAAUAUGAAAGCCUGCAACGCCGAACUGCCGAGACAUCUGCAGAUGGACAGGUGGCUUACGCCAGAUGAGCUGUGGUUCAUUCGCCAUCAUCACCCAGUUCCAGUAACAGACAAGGUGGAAACGUACAAACUGGAACUAGAAACGCCAUCGGGCCUGAAUUCGAAAUUGUCUCUAGAUUAAGGCCUUGCUUAAUCCAUCUCUUACUUUAUCUGUGACCUGCCUUCAAGGAAGUAGAAAAAGGGACACAGAUGGGAACGAAAAAGAUGGAUCGCAGUGGGUUGGUUCUAACUAGAGGCGCUAAAGAAAAGCUUUGAGGUGGAAACUAUUCCAGUGACAGUGCAGUGCGGUGGCAACCGCAGGUCGCAGAUGAAUAGGGUGGAGAAAACUAGCGGUAUCGAGUGGGGUACAGGUGGCAUAUCGACUGGCGCAUUCACUGGAGUUCGGCUGUGCGACGUCCUAAAAACCAUGGGCCUGUCCGACGCGAGAGCAUGCGCAGAACAAAACGUGAAACACAUCGUCUUUCAUGCGAAAGUAUUUCGUAUUAUGGGUCUUUUGCUUUUCUUGUUCCCACUCAAACUUGACUACUUGGAGAAGGGGAAGACGAUCAUGCUAGACCUAACUGAAAUGAUAAUCAUAAAUGUCCUUGCAGAAGCAAGUCAAGAUGACGAAUUUUGAUGGUGGGAUCCUUAGCCGUCGCAGGGUAAAAAUGUCAACAUCAGCGCUAUCAUCGAACAAUAUGAAUAUCCUUCUUUUUUAUGAACACACCGCCAGGACGACAUGUCGGCUUCAAUUCCGAUAGAACACGCUUUGGAUCCCUUCGGAGAGGUGCUGCUAGCCUGGGAUAUGAAUGGGAAGCCAUUAUCGCGAGAGCAUGGCUCUCCGUUACGGCUCAUUGUGCCAGGAGUUGUCGGGGUGCGACACGUAAAGUGGCUCACAAAAAUCGAAGGAAGCGCGGAGGAAGCACACGGACCGUGGCAGAGAGGUAGUUCCUCUAUAUAAUUGUUGAAAUCAUGAUGCUGGAAGCCCAGUGGACUCGUAAUGUUGAUGAUCUUUCAUCUGUAAAUACAAAAGUGUUUAGGGAGGUGCAACGAUGUGACAACCGCUAUCAGCACGACCCUGACAGCUGUUCCGGCGAUCGAGGCUGAACCUCGACUCUAUUCCUCACAGGUAUCAAUUACAAGGGAUUUCCGCCGUCUUUGAAGGAUUUCAAGAAUGCUGACCCUGAGAAGGUACUCAGUAUGCAGAAAGUACCGGUGCAGAGCGUAGUUUGUUAUCCCUCUGAAGCGGACCAUAUUUCUGUCGAUGAUUUCCCGAGUUCAAUUGGUGGUGCUUCUGGAGCAGGAGGCCUCGGGGUUGGAAAGCUCCAGAGCCUCAUCGGUCUAGGACGCACUAAAGAACAAGCGGUGGAAGAAGCAUCGCAACCACCGAAGGGAGAAAAGCUGAAACUGGAGCUAAAUGCAAAAGGAGAGGUGUGCGUCGCAGCGCGUGGCUGGGCGUAUUCGGGAGGGGGCAACGGCAUUGUGCGUGUGGACGUCAGCUCCGACAACGGGAAGAAUUGGCACACUGCGACACUGAAGGACGGGUAAGUAUUUUGAAUACCCAUCACCCUUCGAGCAAAAGAGAAGUACAAGUAGACGCACACGCAGUGGCUAUUGUUAAGAUCAUUCACAGGAUGAAUUCCCAGGAUGAAUUCUUUUUAUUGAUAGGUAAUACAUAGCAUGAGUAUCACAAAAUCGAAUGAGGCGCUUCUGACCUUUCUCUCACAGCAACUGCAUAUCUUUACGGAAUUAAUAACCAGCUCGGACCAACCUGCCUAUCGCGCAUUUGCAUGGACUUUCUGGGAAAUUUUGAUUCCACUUGCAAAUAGCUCCGACGAGCUACGACGGAAGAUGGAAAAGGGAGAGCAAGUGGUUCUCUGCUGCAAGGCAGUAGAUUCCAGUUACAACGUCCAACCAGAAAAUCCGGAACCGAUCUGGAAUGCGCGAGGGUUAAACAAUACGUCUUGGCAUAGAGUGCCAAUCAGCCUCAUUUCACCGUCUUCUAAGCGACUGUGA